GAAAGAUUCACUGCAGAACUAUAACAAUGGCGCUCUCCAUCAAAAAUUUGCUGCCCUUGAAAAACUUUUUGUGUUUUCGCCGAUCUUACACGUGUUUAAUGGUGGUCCGCCAUAAAUAUUUCUUCAAGGGACAUAAUCCAGAGAGUGCCGUCCUGAAGGAGUAUUACAAUGAAGUGGCAAAGAACACAGGGAAAGUUUACGACAAAAAACCUGCUAAGAUUGUCCUCAAGCCUGGAAAGAAAUACCACUGGUGUUCAUGUGGUUAUGGACACUCACAGCCUCUCUGUGAUGGGACACACAAGACACUGGCACAAAGGAAAUGGACGAAGGUGAAAUUUCAGCCCAAAGUUUUUGAAGUGGAGGAGGAGAAAACCUACUUCCUCUGCAACUGUAAACAAACCAAGAAUCCACCGUUUUGUGAUGGAACACACAGAGACAAAGAAAUACAGGAUAAAAUAAAAGGCUGAUUGUGUAUUAAUAAAAAGCAAGCAGACAAAAAACAAUUGGCCAUUUUUGGUCAGCAAAACAAAAACGAAGUGCGAUUCAGUCAGGCAUGUCCCAAUGUGUUAUUAUUUUAUAAUGACUAUGUUUUAUAAAUUAUAGACUGCAUGACAAUGUUUAAAAAUAUUUAAGUGCAAGUAAAAGUCAUAAAUCUGUACAAAAUAAUUUGCAACUAAUACUGAAAAGUUUUGGAGGACUUUUUCUUCUUUACAUUUUGAAAAAAAAUGUAUUGUGGGCAUUCAGUAUUGAUAUUGAUGUGAAGAGGUGAACUGAUUCAUUGAGAGUUGCUUUUUUUAAAAUUUCAAAUAGUUUACCAAUUAUGAUUUAUGAAAUUGCAAAUUCUGAUUAUCAAUUUAAUAUUAUUGUAUUAUUUAUUUUUUUUUUUCUAAUUUCUAAUAGCAGAUUAUCAUUAAGGUUCAUAAACCCUCUGCUCACUAAAUGAAAAUUUUCUUUAACUUUUAUGAUUUUCCAAAGGAAAUGUAUAUGCUGAAUAAAAUACAAACAAUUAUAGCAUGGUUUGCGGGACAAAAUUUGACAAAAAAAGGUACUUCAACUUGACAAAUUCAUAAGGGAAUAAUAGACAUUUGUGUCAUUAAGAGUUAUCUCUCUUAGCAGAGUAUCAAUGUACCUUAAUAAUUUUGCAAGAUAGAUUUACACCAAUCAUUUAAAGUUUUUGGUCUUUGGUUAUUUUUCUUAUGUAAAAUUGAGGCUAAAUAUUUGUCAUGUGAAGAUCAUAACUGAAAAAAGGCACUCAAAGUUUGUAAGGAAAAUACGAUAAAGACAGAUGCAAUAUAUGUUAGUCUGUUGUUUAUAAUAUUAACACAUAAUGCUAUAUGUAAUAGCUGCCAGUAAAUGUUAUACAUUG